CAGAGCAUAAGGGCUUCUACUUCGAGGAGUUCAAGGUUGUUAAAUUAAAAUUUUAAAUUUAUGUUUUACUGUCUUUUUGAUUUCUAAUUGUUUUUAUUAAUUAAUGGUUUGCAGAAGGGUUUUUGCUGGGACUCCACCCACCCUGAGGACCUGAUUAGAGGGGUCUUCUACCGACAUGCAGCUAAUCGGUACAAAGAUACUCUCCACAACAUGAAGCCAGAUAAAAAAGAGGGCAGUGUUAGUGCUGAUACUUGGGCGUCGUGGAAGCGAGACUGGGAUACUGCUGAGGCUAAGAAGAAGUCUGAGGUAGCACGAGCUAAUCGGCUGAGUGAGCCGUCCGGAGCUGGCACCGGACCGGUUCGACAUACCGCAGGAUCGAGAUUGGCUACGAGGCAUAAGACAGUUAUGACUGAGGAGCUCGGUCGAGAGCCCACUUUAGCUGAGUUGCAUGUACGGUUGCACCUGACCAAAGCUGAUCGGACUGUCUUCGUUGACAAGAGAUCAAAGGAUAAAAAUGACCGUUUCCAGGCAGAGCUUGCUGCAGCGACCCAGUCUCAGGCGGCUGGAGAAGGGAGUUCAUCGACUCCAGAGCCGAUCGACGAGAACGAGCUGUUUUUGUCUCUCGAGGCAAUCAAGAAGCAGCGAGUCUACGGUAUUGGUUCGGCUUCAGCAUCCUACAUCGGCCAGAGCAGCCGAUUGCGCCGCGGCGGAUCAUCCCAGUCACAGCAGCAGGCGGUCGUUAGUGAGGAGAUCGAGCAGCGCAUUGCUAGAGAGGUUGAGGAGCGACUCAAGCAGCGGAUGCGUACUGUGGAGGCGGGUUUUGAAGAGCGGGUCGAGCAGCGGAUCCGUACUAUGGAGGCGGGUUUCGACGAGCGGAUCCGUACUGAGCUUGCGCGACUGAUGACUAUACUCCCACCGGAGUUACGACCGCAGUUUCCCCCACCUCCACCUUCACCGGCUGACGACACUACUAGUUUGGGGUAG